GUAAAAAUUAGCUUAAAGUUCAUGCCAAGCAUAGCUAGCCAUAAAGAAAGUAGUAGUAAAUUUCAUUAGGCAUUUUUAUUUUGUAAAAUUCCCUCAACAAGCAACAAUUAAAGAAAAAUUUAUAAUGAAAACGGCGAAAUGUUUAUUUUUGCAUAUAUUCGCAACAAUCAAAUAUCGGAAGGCAGAAAAAUCUAUCGAUUCAGUUGAAAACAUCGCUAUGGAGUCGGCGGACACGCUCUUGGAGGAGCAGAAGCUCAUGGCCGAGGCAAAAUAUCGCCAAUAUAUGACCAACAUUGAUAAAGCGCUGCGCAAUUUUGAAUAUUCCAGUGAGUGGGCGGAUCUAAUUGCGGCUCUAGGCAAACUAAGCAAGGCCAUAUCAAGUAAUGCGCAGUACCAGGUCAUACCGCGACGCUUGAAGAUAGCCAAGCGACUCGCUCAGUGCAUGCAUCCCGCUCUGCCCUCCGGCGUGCAUUUGAAGGCCCUGGAAACGUACUCCGUGAUAUUCAGCAAGACGGGACCCGAGCGUCUGGCCACAGAGUUUAUUUAUGGUGCUGGGCUCUUUCCGCUGCUGGGCUAUGCGGCCAUGAACGUGCGGCCAGCUCUGUUGACCAUCUAUGAGACAUAUUUCGUGCCGCUGGGCGAUAAGCUGCGGCCAGCCUUGAGCGGAUUUCUCAGUGGUGUGCUGCCCGGCUAUGAUUGUGGCUUGGAUCAUUUUGAGCGCAUUAGUGCGCUGCUCAAAAAUGUCUGCUUGGCCGUCAAUCCAAUGCAUUUUUAUACUGUACUGUGGGAAUCGGUGGCCAAUAAUGCAUCAAUCCGAUUGCCUGCCAUUACGUUUCUGCUGGAGCACUUCAACAAGCGGCUGGAUAUGGAGAAGCAGACAUAUAUCAUGGGUCACAAUCGAGAGAUUAUGAUGUCGGCGCUGUGCGCUUGCCUCAACGAUACUCUGAUAUUGGUGCAGCGUAAUACGCUGGAGUUCCUGCUGCUGGGCUUUCCAAUGCACACAAAACUGCUGGAAGAGGAGCAGCUCGUGGUGCUAGUCACAAAUGGGUUGAACACAAUAUUACGACGUGAUAUGUCAUUGAAUAGGCGUCUAUUCUCAUGGCUGCUGGCCAGCGAGAUAACCAAGAAUUCACCCACAUAUGACACACUGUCACUGGACUCGGCGGCGCCCGUCGAUGGACAGAAGGAGGAACCAUAUUUUAUUACACACUCCCGGCAUAUACUCAUCAGUGCAUUAGUUAAUACGCUGCGCUUGAGCUUGGAGUGUCAGCCAAUGGAUCUGAAGCCGUAUCGCAUUAUGCUCUCGCUGUUGGACAAGGCGGAGAUCGGCAGCGCCGUGCUAGACUUUGUGCUGCAUGAUAUAAUACGAGCGAUGUACAUUUCUAGCAGCAAUGCGGACGCGCUCAAGUCGGCCAAUCUGCUCUUUGCUACGUUCGAUCCGGCCUACAUAUGGAGCUAUAUGACCAACAUGUUUGAGCGCGCCUGCCAACUGGCGCCCAGCUCUGCCCAGUCCAAUAGCGAUGGCAAAUUCGCCAGCAUCGUUGGCUCCGGCGAUCCGUGUGUUCUAGAAAUAUGUAUACUAACCGAAUUCCUAUUGGAGACCAUCUCACUGGAAAUGUAUACGGAAACUACGCGUGUCUAUCUGCCCAAAGUAUUUCUCUCAAUCACCCAACUGCUAUCCCUUCACAUGGAUCGCUUGAGCAGUGACGAGGUCACCGCCUCACUGAAGCUAUGCAUGAAGAUUGUCUCGCGUGUUCAGCCAAUGAUAACUAGCCCAAUUAAGCUGAAAAAACUAAUGGAGCAGCAUAGCAACUCUGAAUCAGAGGAGAAGAUUGUCAAUGCCAACAGCAGCAGCCACAACACUUUAGAGUCUGCGGCACAAGCGAAUGCAUUGGAGAAAAGUAAAUCUGAUUCACGUCUGAAUCAAUUUGGGGAGCAUUCACAAAACGCCGAGCCCAAUGACGAAGAGCUCAUUAGACGCUCCGCAUCCAAUCAGAGCGUGGUGAGACAUAGCCCCAAAAAGAAAGCGAAAUCGUUUUCACGACUCUCCGAACUAGACAAGGAUAUAAGCAACUCGGACACGGGCCAGCAGUCGUCUUCAGAUCUGGACACGCCGCGCAGCAUUAAGAAGAUCAAAGUGAAGUCCAAGGCUAAGGUGCCUUUCAUACGAAGCAGCCCGAAGAAAACACGACCAAGUGAUAUUGUGAUUGUGCCUCAAACUGCGCCGCCACUUGAAGUCACGGACGAGGCUGGCGUGGAACCACCCAAAAGUGCACCUCCCCAGCACUGUCCCGAAUUUCAACUAGACGAUGAGCACUCUAAAGCAACGCAACAACGUGGAUUUUCCAUACUAGAGAAGUGCAUUAGACAAUAUGAGAUAUUCUUUGAGGUUUAUUUGGCGCGCCAACUGCUGCAGAUCGAAACAAAGCCCAACAGCUCGGAACUCAACGAUGGCAGCAACAAAUGCGCCAUCAAAGUGCAGCUGCAACGCAGUUCUAGUCACAGCUCUAGUCACAGCUCGGCCUUGUUCAUGGUCGAGCAGGUACUGGAGUAUCAAUGCCCAGCCCGUGAGUCACAAAUCGAGCGACUGUUUGGACUAUUACGGGUGGAUUUGGUGCCCCGCGCGAAGCAGCUGCAACGUUUACUCAAUCUUUCGCUGCCCACAAUGAGCGUCAGUGAGCUGAGCAGCGACAGCGAUGCAGCCGAGGAGCCGCAGCAGAAGCUGUUAGUUGAUACACAGACGCAGCGCAACGUGCAACAGCUAGCCGAGCUGCAGCUGCCAACCGCUUUGCGCAAUGCCGUCAAAUUGGCUGCGACGCUGCUAGUGGAAAUGUCCACGUUCCCCAAUUGUAAUAAGCACAUUGUGCUCGAUAAGAAUGAACCAGAGCUGCCCAACUGGCUGAAGGUGCUCUGCCUGGUAGCCUGCUUUGCGCAGAGCGACAAAGAGCUGCAGGUGGCUGCCAUCACGACGCUCUUCGAUUUGAUUAGCCUCUUGCGCUCACAAAUCGAGCACACGACCAGUCCAGGUGUCACGUUUGUUGUCAUGUUGCCACUGCUGAAAUUUGGACAUGUUAACCACAUGGAGCAGCGUACGCGCGUCUUCCAGCUGGUCAGCUCCAUAUUGUGGGACUAUUUGGGCACACCAGGCAUAGAUCCUGCCCAGAUUGCAGCACUGCUGCAUCAGCUGCACAGCUGUCUGGAGUCGGGCUUGGUUGAAACUGUAAUUGGCAAUCGCAUGCAUGCCCAGCAUUUGCUACAGACCCAAGCGCAAACUGCACUUGGCACUGGGAAUGCUUUGCGUAGCUUCCAAUUGGAACGGGUGACAGAUGCCCAACUGCUUUGUCCCAUGGCCUGUAUGGAUCGUCUGCGCGAGAGUCAGGCGCGUAGCUAUAAGAAGUUUGAGCUGCUCUGGCAUCUGGGCAGGGAGAAGCAGAUGUCGCGAGGAUUCGAGAAGACGCUGCUCAAGGUGCUCGACACGCUCGCUCUGCCACAUUACAUGUCCGAACGGACUUUCGUGACCAAUUGGCUGCAGGCAUCGCUCUUGCGCGGCGAUUUGGCGCGUCUAACCAAGCCGCUCUACAAGAUUCUGCUCUCGGCGAACUCGAAGCGAGUGGGCAUUGUUCAUAUGCAGCAAUUGUAUCGCGAGUCAGCGGACGUUGAACAGGCUGGCGAUGAGGAACAGGCGCCGGCCUUUGAGCGCGAUGUCUAUGCCAUUAGCUCCGAGCAGGGUAAUGUCAAGUAUCAUCACAUGGAGGCGGCCAGCAGUGGUGGCAGCGGUGCCAACAGCGGCGGCAAGAAAAAGAGUCCCAUCAGGCAUUUGCCCAAAAAGAUCUUUGGAGUCACGUUGAGUGGCAAAACCAAUAAAACAUCAAAUUUUGUGAGCGACAAAACGCCGCUAGCCAGCGAAGCCUUGCAGGACAUCAAUACCAUUGGACUAAUCAUAAAUCCUUUGGAGAAUGCGCAUGAUUUCGAUGAUGAAACCGAUUUAGAGGAGCCACGCAUUGAGCUAGUGCACACAGCUGGCAAAGAUGCGCCACAAACGCCACUGGAGCAGAAGCUAGCAAGCGCCAUGGAUGAGAGCGACAUGGCACAGUUGCCGCCACCAGCAGUCGAGCAGGAGCCAUCGCUGCACUUCGAACAGGACAUUACUGACAAUUCGGAGAGCAGCGACUUCGAAUCGGACUCCGAAUUGCGCGAGACAAGCAUCGAGAAGGAAGAUAGUCUAACAAUUAGCUCGAGUGCUGGCGGCGGCUGUGGCGACGAUGUGAAACGCUUCGUGGGCGACUGCGAGCGAGUCACCGAGGUGCUAACGCAGCAUGAAAGGAUUAAGAGCCGCAAAACGUAUCGCCUGACGCGAGAGAAGACGCCCGGCGAGUCCAGCCUGAAUGAGCCCGAGCAGGAGCAGGCGCCUGACAAUGAGCAUGCGCUGCCAGCAGAUGAAUAUUUCAGCGAAGCAGCCGUGGGCAAAAAGCUAGCCAACGAGCUGCGCAAGCGUAAAAAAUUGUUGAGCAGCAGCGAGAAGAAGCGGCUGAGCUGCAUCUCCAAAACCUCGACGGACAGCAAUCACAGCAAUCUGGCCGAGCCGCUCGAAGCGGAGCCAACAACAGCUGCCGCGCACAGCGAUGAGGAAACGGAGCUGGCCAACGAACCGUCGACCAACCAGAGCACAAUCAAUGUGGAGGAUAAGCGACGCAAUUUAUGCCUGGAGACAAGUAAACUACAGCCAGAUUGGCAGAAGACGCUGGAGAAGAGCAAGCAGAACGUAGAGAUCUUGCGACAGAAUGCAGCGGCAGCGGCUGCUGCUGCUGCUGCAGAGGAGCAGGUGAGCAUACGCUCCUCGACGAAGAGCAGCAGCUCCUUGGGCAUUGGCACGUCUAGGCAAACGGAUGCUGCGCAGCUGUAUCACAAUCAUUUGCUGCUCUAUCUGGCCAUCUACGAUACUCGACAGACGCUCUAUGCGCUGCAAACGUUGCGGAACAUCAUCUGCUGUGAUAAGCGCACCUUUCUCUGUCUAUCCAUAACGACAUCCUUUACGAGCGGCAGCCUGAAGCAGCUGCUCAUCCGGCAUCGCAAGAGCAUCUCGGGCAAAGGGUUUGCCGGCAGCGUCAGCAAUUCGGAAUAUGCUCAGGGCUAUAGGGGCUGCAUGCACCUGGAGCUGUUAGUCACGCUGCUGCUGUUCUAUGCGCGCGGCUAUUUUCAGCGCGAAUCUCUGGACCCGCAACGGCAGCCGCCCACGCUGCAGGAUGUGGUGAAUAAUCGUCGCAUACAGCUGGAGAGCAUCGAGCUGCUUGCCCUGAUCUGCACGGAACUCAUUGACAUAGUGAAGGGCAUGGGUCGUGGUCUGGCCUGCUACAUAGCGGAUCUAUUGGUGCGUGCCAAACUGCAGAAGGUCAUGCUGCACUGCCUCAAUAGCUCGGUGUGCAGCUAUGCGCGACGCACCGGCAGCAGCUAUGCGGAUCAGGUGCUCAGUUUUAAUGAUCCGCAGGAUGAUCAGCUGCAUGCAGAUUGCUUUCAGCUGCAACUGCUGCGUCUGCUGCUGUCUGUCAUACGGCUGGAGCAUGAGGUGCAUCAGCUACGUCAGGACACGCCCAGCGCUGGCGCUGCAGAGGACACCAAUGCCUCUGGCAAUGCCUCGCCCACACGUCUGGCCGAGGGCGCAGCUGCGAAUGUCAAAUACUUGCCCAAUUGUCUGAUCAGUCAGCAGCCCAUGUUUCUGGCCGCAGUGCUCGGUGCACUGCAGCAGGAGCGACUGCGACACUUGCAUCGCAACUGGACCGAUCUGGUGACCAGUUCGCUGAACUGCUUCAGCUUUGGCUCGCUCACCAAUAUUGUGAUCAGCGUGGUGCAUCAAUUGUGCAAUAAUCUGGAUCGUCUGGCCAAGCUGACGCUGCCACAGCAGCGCCACUUCCCACCGGACUAUGUGCUCUCCCAGCUGGAGGCACUCACCAUACUCUGUCACUAUUGCCUGCUCGACAAUACACAGCAGACGGCGCUCUCGCAUCUCUUCAAUCAGGCCUAUCCGCAAACGAGCGUCGCCUCGCAAUCCUCCAGCACUGGGCAGCUGCUCAAUAGCAUCGUGCACUCAUUUCUCUCAGCAAGUGAAUCUACUUCCACUGCAAGCGCUCCGCGCAAUCCCCAGCUGCAGGCCGCACGCAAUGCUGUGCUCUCGCACUUGCCGCGCAUCAUGACUAGCGUGGCGGCUAUUUGGGACAGCGAACUGGGUCAGCUGCGUCCGGUGCGUCAGCAGCUGUUGGAAUUCCUGUCGCCCGUCUCACUGCAUCAUGGCUGCAAUUUCCUGACCGCCAUCGCUGUCACCUGGCAGCAGCGUGGCUGCGCUAACAGCAACUCCAACAGCAGUUCCUCUGGCAUUGCGGAGCAGUUCCAGCGCAAUUCAACGCUACAAGCUUGCCCGGCCCAGUUGAGCUUAGUCUCCCUGGUGUCCAGCAUACGGGUCAUGCCCAUGGACUCAUUUGUGCAGACCUUGCAUCAGGUGGUGAAGUCGCCACCGCCCAUACACCGACCGCCCGCACAGCUGAGCAUUGAGGUCAGCGCACUGGAGUUGUUCUACUUCUAUAUGCGAUCUGCACCAGCGCCACAGCUGGCCGAUGCGUGGGCCUCGCUGCUCGUGCUCAUCAGGGACGGUCUUAGCCUCACGCCACCGGCGCAGUUCGCUCUGCUAAUGCUGCUCAAUGAGUUUGUCCAGCGCUGUCCACAGAUGCCCUUUCCCGACAAGAAGGAGGUGCGCGAGCUGCACGACGUUACAGCACGGCUCGUUGAAUCGCUGUCUGGCGUUGCUGGCGCCUGCCUGGAGCAGACCACAUGGCUGCGACGCAAUCUGGCCGUCAAAGAGGACACCGACGGCCAUGCCAAGGACAACAGUCUGGGCGGUGGCAUUCAACAAUAUUCGCUGCAAGCUCAAAGCGUGCUAGCGGGCAUCUUGUCGAACCUUCUGGACGUCGCAUACGGGUCGCAGGAGAAGGACAAGGUGGUGACCAUUGUGACGACGCUGCUCUAUAACAUAACGCCGUAUCUGAAGAAUCAUACGACACGCAACAUGCCCUUCUUUUAUGCCUGCUCCGCCCUCUUGGCCAGCCUGAGUGGGUAUCAGUAUACGCGCAAGGCUUGGCGCAAGGAUAUGCUUGAUCUGCUGCUGGACACCUCGUUCUUUCAAAUGCACAUCUCAUGUUUGCCCUUCUGGCGCCAGAUCAUGGACAGCCUGAUGACCUAUGACAAUACCACAUUCCGCGAGCUCAUGACACGGGUCAGUCUCUCCCAGGCGGGCAGCUUGAGCAUCUUCGCAUCCAGGGAUCAGGAGUACGAGCUACGCGCAAUGCUGCUCAAGCGACUCGCUUUUGUUAUCUACUGCAGCGAGUACGAUCAGCAUAAUAAGUAUAUGCCGGAUAUUCAGGAGCAAUUGGCGAACAGUUUGCGUUUGGUGCCACUGGGUCCAUCGGUGCAGGCUGCUGUGUUUCUCUGCUUCCGCGUUCUGCUGCUGCGCAUGUCGCCCGAUCACGUGACCUCGCUGUGGCCCAUCAUUAUAGCCGAAAUGGUGCAGGUCUUCUUGCAAAUGGAACAGGAACUCAAGUGCGAGAACGAUGAGCGCAGUCAACAAACACGCUUGCUGCCUGGCAUUGAUGUCUCCUGGUCAUCCUCGAAUUCGAGUGCCCCAAAUGGAAUCAACGCACAGACGCCGAUGCAGCAUUGGCGUUCAGUGCAGCUGGAGGCAUGCAAGCUGCUUGAGCUGGGCUGCGUGUUGCCGGCGACAAAGCUGCCGCAUUUCCAAAUGUAUCGCUGGGCCUUCGUUGGCACCGAGUUCGAUGUGCAUGAGGAGGUCGUCUCACUGCCUUUGCCCAACGGUAGCAUUGAGAAUUUGGCUGCAUUGCCAAGUGCAUUGUAUGUGCCGCAUGUGCGUCGUGUGGCGCGCCUAAUGGAUAUGAAGUAUACCAGUCACUCGCCGUUGUUGCAGCGUCCACGGAAUCGUCAUCUGAUGUUGAACUUUCAGCAGCUGCAGUCGCUGCUGGAGCUUUAUCCAUUCUUCUCCACUCUGGGCAUAAACUGUUCCAAUUCUAGCAACUAUCCGGAUACUGAACUAAAUGUGGCCAAUUGCCUGCAGGAGAUUGAGGAUUUGUUGGCCCAAGAUUUUCUGGAGAAAUUGCCGAGCAUUACAACGCCCAGAUGAAAACUGGUGGCUGUCGGCGGAGGCGUAGGCGGAGGUGUAGGAGCAGCAAGCAACAGGCAGACGACACAGGCUAACAUUCAAACGACAAGCCUAACCA